AUAUCUGAUAUGGUUGCUGUGGCACACAUGAUGAAUGCAACAUUAGUUGUUCCUCAACUAGAUAAGCGGUCAUUUUGGAGAGAUUCGAGUGCGUUUUCAGAUCUAUUUGAUGAAGACCAUUUUAUCACAACCUUACGAGGGGAUGUGAGGAUAGUCAAGGAGCUUCCCAAGGAAUUGGAAAAUGUUCCUCGGGCUCGAAAGCACUUCACUUCCUGGUCAGGUCUGAACUACUAUGAGGAGAUGACACGAUUAUGGAAGGACUAUAAGGUCAUUCAUGUUGCAAAAUCUGAUUCCCGACUAGCAAAUAAUAACCUUCCUGUCGAUAUCCAGAGGUUGAGAUGCCGUGCUUUAUAUUAUGCCCUUCGCUUCUCUCCUCCAAUUGAAAACCUAGGAAAGAAGCUGGUAGAGCGGUUAAGAUCACGUGGGGGGAGGUAUAUUGCUCUUCAUCUACGAUAUGAGAAAGACAUGCUGUCUUUUACUGGCUGUACCUAUGGUCUGACUGAUGUAGAAGCGGAAGAACUGCGGAUAAUGAGGGAAAACAUGAACCACUGGAAGAUGAAGAAGAUAAACUCAACAGAACAGAGACAGGGAGGUUUCUGUCCGCUAACUCCCGAGGAGGUUGGCAUCUUUCUUCAAGCUCUUGGUUAUCCUUCAUCAACUUUGAUUUAUAUUGCUGCUGGGGAAAUCUAUGGUGGCAGUAAUCACAUCUCAGAACUUAGAUCUCGCUUUCCAAACCUCAUUUUCAAGGAGAUGGUGGCAACACCAGAAGAAUUGAAAUCAUUCGCGGAACAUGCAUCUCAAACAGCAGCACUGGAUUACAUCAUCUCUGUGGAGAGUGAUGUCUUUAUUCCAUCAUAUUCAGGUAAUAUGGCAAGAUCUGUUGAGGGGCAUCGGAGAUUUUUGGGUCAUCGGAAGACAAUCACCCCUGAUAGGAAAGGACUUGUUGAAAUUUUUGAUAAGAUUGAAAGAGGAGAGCUCAAAGAAGGAUCGUUAAUAUCAUCUAUCAUAAAGCAAAUGCACAGAAAUAGACAAGGAGCUCCAAGGAAAAGGGAAGGUUCAUUGCCAGGGAUGAAAGGUAGAGGUCGUUUGAGAACUGAGGAAUCCUUCUACGCAAAUCCAUUCCCAGAGUGUAUAUGUAGUUCCAAGACACAUUCUUAGGUGACGUCAACAGAAACCAGCACUUCUGGCUUCUCCUCACAACCUCUGAUUUAAUUGGCUCACACUACAGAACCAGCUCUGCAGAUGUUUGAAUGAGCUUCACUGCACUUCAACUAUGGACGAGCCUCAUCUUGAUGGCAUAAAAACCUUGGUUCUCUGAUCAAUGAUGUUUUUCUUAUUUUUGUUGUACUAUUAUAGUUACAUUAAGGGGAAAUUCUUCGAGAACUGCCUUCAAAAGAUUUGCAUUACUUUGCUGGCAUCAUCUCUAUAUUGGAUCCACAACUCUUGAGAGAAGGCAGAGUUCCUUCUUGUUGCGGAGGUAAAAUGAAAGUUUAUGCCCCUCAUUUAUCA